CUCGAGACCGCCCAAGCAGCAUGUCAGACGACCCUGCAGUCACCUUCUUCCCCGACGUCGACGAGAUCCCUUCGCUGUACGACGUCCUCGGCGUCGCCGCCGAGGCCACCGCCGACGAGCUCAAGAAGGCCUACCGCCGCCUGUCGCUCCAGUACCACCCGGACAAGGUCGCCAGCUCGUCCUCGUCCUCCUCGCCCGCCGACCCCGCCGCCGCAACCCUCCGGUUCCAGCAGAUCGGGUUCGCCUACGCCGUCCUCAAGGACACGGCGAGGAGGGAGAAGUACGACCUGACGGGCUCGACCGUCGAGAUGAGCGCCGAGGGCGCAAAGAGCGAGGCCGAGUGGAGGGACUACUUUCGCGAGCUGUGGUCGGGCGAGAUCAGCGCGCAGAGCAUUGCCGACUUCCUCAAGACCUACCAGGGCUCGGACGAGGAGCGCGGCGACGUGCUCGCGGCGUACCAGUCGUCCGGCGGCGACCUCGACACGAUCCUGUCGUCCGUCAUGGGCUCGACCGUCGAGGACGAGGACCGGCUCGUCGCCAUCAUCAACGACGCCAUCUCGUCCAAGGAGGUCAAGGCGACGUCGGCGUGGCGCAAGGCCGUCAAGGACACUAAGGGCAAGGAGCGCCGGCGCAAGGCGGCCGAGAAGGAGUCGAAGGAGGCCGAGGAGCUCGCCAAGGAGCUCGGCGUCCACGACAAGCUCUUCGGCGGCAAGGGCAAGGGCAAGGGCGCCAAGGGCAAGGGCAAGCAGGACGACGGCGACGACGAGGCGGCGCUGCGCGCGCUCAUCCAGGGCAACCAGGCCAAGCGCAUGAACUCGCUGCUCGACUCGCUCGAGGCCAAGUACGCCGGCGCCGAGGCGAAGAAGGGCGGCAAGAAGCGCGCGUCGAACGGCGGCGGCGGCGGCGGGGCGGGCGAUGAGGGAGCGAGCGGCAGCAAGCGUGCGAGGAGGAAGGAGGCCGAGCCGAGCGAGGCCGAGUUCGAGGCGAUGCAGGCCCGGCUCGACGCCAGCCGCAAGAGCGGUGGGCGCAAGGGCAAGUGA